UUAGUUAAGAUGAAGUUAUUGAAUUGCUUAUUAGUUGUUAUUUUGUUUCUUGUGCCAUGCAGUUCUGCUGCUAGGAUUUCUCCCAAGAAGGUACUUCAAGUUGAGAAUCUUUUAAAACGUUUGAAUAAAAUGCCACAGAAAUCCAUCAAGAGCCCAGAUGGGGAUAUCAUUGACUGUAUUCCUACCUCUCAACAACCAGCUUUUGAUCACCCUCUCCUUCAAAAUCAUAAAAUUCAGUUGGAGCCUAGUGUCUAUCCAGAAGGGCCAUUCGAUGAUAAAAGAGUGAAAACCUCCAAGUCCACUGAAGGGUUAAAACCAAUUAAGCAACUCUGGCAUUUAAAUGGAAACUGUGAUGAAGGAACAAUCCCCAUAAGAAGAACAAAGAAAGCAGAUGUUCUUAGAGCUGGCUCCAUAAAAAUUUAUGGAAAAAAGAUAAAGAAUGUUAACAUUCUUCACACCAAUUCCACUGAACCUCAAUAUGACCCUCCCAAUUAUAAUCGGCACGAGCAUACAAUUGCUUAUGUUCACGGGGACAAGUAUUUUGGAACAAAGGCAACUAUAAAUGUCUGGCAACCAAAAGUUGAGCAACCAAAUGAAUUUAGCAUUUCUCAGAUAUGGGUUCUAGGAGGUCAGCUGGAUGAUCAUCUUAACAGUGUCGAAGCUGGUUGGAUGGUCAGUCAACAUUUGUACGGGGACAAUAACACCAGACUCUUUACUUACUGGACUAGGGAUGCAUAUCAAUCCACAGGAUGCUACAAUUUGCUUUGCUCAGGUUUCGUUCAAAUCAACAAGGAGAUAGCUCUGGGGGCUAGCAUAGCCCCAGUCUCGAGCUAUCAAGGUUCUCAAUAUGAUAUCACUAUACUAAUUUGGAAGGAUCCUAAGGGGGAUAAUUGGUGGAUGAAAUAUGUGAAUAAUGAUAAGGUCAUAGGUUACUGGCCAGGCUCUUUAUUCACAAAUUUAGCAGAUGGCGCUACUGCAAUUGAAUGGGGCGGUGAAGUUAUAAACUUGGCAUCAGGUGGACAGCACACCACUACUCAAAUGGGAAGUGGUCAUUUUCCUGGAGAAGGAUAUACCAAGGCUAGUUUUUUCAAAAACAUUCAAGUAGUUGAUGGAUCGAACAAGCUAAAGUUUCCAGAAGAUGUACAGACUUCAUCCGAGCAACCUAGCUGCUAUGAUAUCCAACUCCAGAACAGGCAAGGGGGUGCCUUCUUUUUCUAUGGUGGACCUGGAAGAAACCCAAAGUGUCCAUGA